UUCUCUCCUCAGAAAGCCCAUGGAAAAUUUUUGUAACCUUUAUUGACUCUGCUUCACUAUAUAACUUUUCUUUUUUUUUUUCCCUUUUUUUUAUAAAGCCAUAGCUGCACAGGAAGAGAAACUCAAAAAACUUCUCUGGGUUGAUGAGAGUUUGGUUUAACUGCAGACAAUGAGUACUGCAACAGCAGCAGCAGCUGCAACACAAACAAAAUUCAUAAAAUGUGUGACAGUUGGGGAUGGAGCUGUUGGGAAGACAUGUCUCCUUAUCUCUUACACUAGCAAUACCUUCCCAACUGAUUAUGUUCCUACUGUUUUUGAUAACUUCAGUGCCAACGUCAUGGUUGAUGGACGGACUGUCAAUUUGGGUCUCUGGGAUACUGCUGGUCAGGAAGACUAUAACAGGUUGAGACCUCUAAGUUACAGAGGGGCUGAUGUAUUCCUUCUUGCUUUCUCCCUCAUAAGUAGGCCUAGCUAUGAGAACGUAUCAAAAAAAAAGUGGGUCCCAGAGCUGAGACAUUAUGCCCCAUCAGUGCCCAUUGUUCUUGUGGGGACCAAACUAGAUUUAAGAGAAGACAGGCAGUUCCACUUGGAUUAUGCAGGGCCAUGUGCCAUUUCGACAGAACAGGGUCUUGAACUAAAGAAGCAAAUAGGAGCACUGGCUUACAUAGAGUGUAGCUCGAAGACACAGCAGAAUGUGAAAGCUGUGUUUGACGCUGCUAUCAAGGUGGUUCUCCAGCCUCCAAAGCAAAAGAGGCAAAAGAAGAAAUCAAGUAUCUGCCGUGUUCUUUAAACAAAAUCCCUGAUGGACAACAGUGUCAAUUCGACAAUGACAUGAUUCUCCUCUUAAAGUUCUGUGCAUUCUUCAUCAUAUUUAUUAUCCCUCCUUUUUCUUGUUGAUUUUAUCGAGUGCUUCCUCUCCUUGUGAAGUAGGGACUUUGCAAUAGAUUGAUCAGGGUAACUCCAUUUGUGUAUUUGGAAGGCAUCUGCAAGAACUUAAAGGGUGCUUGGGUUCUGUAAAUUGGCUGCUUGUUGCGAUGAUUUGAUGUGAAUGAAAUUUGCUCUUAACCAAUUUCUGCGA